AAGGAGAACGGUACCUGUAGGAGAUCAGGGAUGUACAGCAAACACAGACAGAAAAAGGUCCAAUUUAUAACAACAGAAUGCGGACACUUGCUUAUAUUUUUACUCCUGCUACUACUGAUCAACGUGCUGGAAACUGUGAGCGGAGACACCGGAGAACAAGGGAAGGUGCGUGGACAGACUGUGGUGCCAUACUGGCUCUCCCAGGGGCGGACCAAACGAGAGGCCGUAACUCUGCACCAGGUCCAGUACCCGGAUAGUGGGGAGAUAGCACUGACAGCUGAAGGGAGGGAGCUGGUGCUGCAGGUGGAGCGCAAUCAUCAGCUGCUGGGCCAGGACUUCACAGAGACGCACUACAGUGAGGACGGGGAACCAGUAACCAUCUCACCCAAUAACACCGAUCACUGUUUCUACCAUGGCUAUGUGAGUGGACAUGCCAACUCCUGGGUCGCCCUCAGCACCUGUUCUGGAAUCAGGGGCCUGAUUGUCUUGAACGUGAAUGACAGCUACUACCUGGAACCAGCUGGAGGGCGGGACUCUCCUCAUCACGUGAUCUAUCGCACAGAGCACCUGCCAACCAGAGGGGGUACAUGCGGACACGGGCAUCAGAUUGGACACAGUGGCGUCAUCUCCAGCCUCCUUAAACCUUUGCAUCAAAGGGUGAGAAGAAACGCCUGGGGCACCACCAAGUACAUGGAGCUUUAUAUUGUGGCUGACAGUAUGCUGUACAGAAGACAAAACAGCGACCUUGGAAAAACAAAACAGAGGAUCAUGGAGAUUGCCAAUUACGUUGAUAAGUUCUACAGGGCCCUGAACAUCCGCGUGCCGCUGAUUGGACUGGAAGUGUGGACAGAGCGGGACCAGUGCAUCGUGAGUGAGGAGCCCAACGCCACACUCUGGUCCUUCUUGCAGUGGCGACAGAAGCUUAAGUCUCGCAAAAGGCAUGACAAUGCCCAGCUACUCACGGGGGUGAUAUUCAAGGGCACCACCAUUGGCAUGGCGCCCCUGGAGGGCAUGUGCAGUCAUGAGAACUCAGGAGGCAUCAACGUGGACCACUCGGAGUUGCCCAUCGGGGCGGCGGCCACCAUGGCCCAUGAGAUAGGCCACAACUUCGGCAUGAGCCACGACAACGAGGGCUGCUGCGUGGAGGCCACGCCCGAGCAGGGGGGCUGUGUGAUGGCUGCCGCCACCGGGCACCCCUUCCCGCGCGUCUUCAGCCGCUGCAGCAAGAGGGACCUGGACAACUACUUCCAGAAGGGCGGGGGCAUGUGCCUCUUCAACAUGCCCAACAUGAAGGACCUGGUGGGGGGCCGGCGCUGCGGGAACGGCUUCGUGGAAGAGGGAGAGGAGUGCGACUGCGGAGAGCCGGAGGAGUGCACUAAUGCCUGCUGUAAUGCCAACAACUGCACCCUGAAGGCGGAGGCACAGUGCGCCCACGGGGUCUGCUGUGAAGGAUGCAAGCUGAAGCAGGCGGGGACCAUGUGCCGAGGCCCAGCGGGGGCCUGUGACCUGCCGGAGUACUGCACGGGCGCCUCCCCCUACUGCCCCUCCAACGUCUACCUGCUGGACGGCUCCUCCUGCCAUAACGACCGCGCCUACUGCUACAACGGCAUGUGCCUGACCCAUGAGCAGCAGUGCUUGCAGCUGUGGGGAUACGGUGCCCGCCCUGCUCACGAUGCCUGCUUUGAGGACGUGAACGCCGCCGGAAACGCCUUCGGCAACUGCGGCAAGGACGGCCAGGGAAACUACAUGAAGUGUGAAAAGAGUGAUGCCAAGUGUGGGAAGAUCCAGUGCCAUAGUGCUGCCAAGAAGCCCAAGGGCACCAACGCCGUGUCCAUUGACACCACCAUCCGUACCGACGGCAUGGAGGUCAAGUGCCGGGGCACAUAUGUCUACGCCACCCAGGACGGGCAGGGCGACCUCCCUGACCCAGGACUCGUCAUGACUGGGACCAAGUGCGGUGAAGGGAAGGUUUGUCGAGAUCGCCGGUGUCAGAACGCGUCAUUUGCUGAGCUGGAGAGCUGCAUCGCCCGUUGCCAUGGCCAUGGGGUGUGCAACAGUAACAAGAACUGCCACUGUAACCGUGGGUGGGCCCCUCCCUUCUGUGAGAAGCCAGGCCUGGGGGGCAGUGUGGAUAGUGGGCCCGUCCAGUACGACAGUCAGUUGGGCUUGGUGGUCGGGCUGCUGUUUGCCUUCUUGGUGCUGCUGCCUGCUGUCCUUAUCAUCUUCUACUGCUACAAGAUCAAGACCUCCCCCUACCACAGAUGGCUUUCCCAGAGGGAGAAGAAUACUCAGGAGAGCAGAAAAGACAUGUCGGACCAGAAGGUGAAAAACGGACACCUGAACCCAGCGUUCCAUCUUAAAGUUGUGGGAUCUUCCACCAAGAGCGGCAACAUCAAGAAGCUCCCACACACAAGCAAGGAGGUGCUUCCACUGAGACCCAGCCCCAUCCCCAACGGCACCCAGCCCAUCAACAUCGUCCGCCCGCUGCGCCCCGCUCCCUCUCCCCAAACUCCGCGGGACCUCAGUGCAUCACGCCCACCCCUCCCGGCGGGCAGGUCCCCCGCCGCACCACCGAAAUCGCCAGCCACCCUGCACAAACUAAGCCCACCGAGGAAGCCCCUCCCCCUCAGCCCGGCAAGGACGCCAUUGCUGGUGUCUGAGCUCCAGCCGAGACUUUCACCUUCCCCACCCCAGAGGCCUCUGCCCCUGAACCCCUCCCCUGCCCGGGGGCCACCCCCCAAGCCAGCCAGCGGCCUGCUGGUGACGGUGCCGCCCCCCGUCAGCCCCAAACCGGUUGCCAAGGUUUCCGGCACCCCCCCACUCAGAACUUUCAGACCUAUUCCACCUCAGAAGCCUGUCCCAGGGGUGAAACCAACCACAGCCUCAUCCCCUCUCCGAAAAUGACCCUUAGAGACAAAACAAACUGAUGGGACUUCAACUAGCCUAUUUGCACUAAAGAGCACACGUUGGAAGGCCGAUACAGGGUUUGCUGUCCAGCAGGGGAUGCACCCAGAGUAGGCUGGAGUCGGGGUUACAGCCCUCCCCCUUCCUAGGUAACACGUUCGUUGGAGAUGGCCGAGCCAGCGACACAGUCCUGCCCUAGGGGACAUCGGACUGAGAUUUUCGGGAAAAAGAGUGUGGCUUAGCUGGCCAGUUGUCACACUGAAUCCAGCAUCUCAGUUGGUCUGUGCGCCACAUCUAUACAUAUAUC